AUGUUUGAUUUUGAGGCCAAAAGAAUCUAUGAUAUUUUGUUCUUGUGGGAGAUAGCUCAUGUCAUUAAUACUGAGGCACCAGAACUUGCUUUAGCUGAUGCCAAUAAGGCGCAAAGAAAUGCAUUUAAUAAGUGGCAUGAGGCUGAUGAAAUGGCUAAAUGCUACAUAAUGGCCUCUAUGACCAAUGUGUUGCAAAAACAAUGCCAAUGCCUAGUUAUAGCACCAGAUAUGAUGCUGCACCUCAAAGAGAUGUUUGGAGAACAAAGCAGAAGUGCACGACAAACUGCUAUGAAAAAUCUCAUGUCCACCAAAAUGGUGGAAGGAACUCUAGUUCGGGAACAUGUCCUGAAGAUGAUGAUUUCUUUCAUCCAUGAACUGGAUAUGCUUAGUGCAGAAAUUGAUAGUGAGACCCAAGUUGAUGCGAUCCUAGCAUCUUUACCUGAUUCUUUUAAUUAG